CACGUCGCCACACACCGAGCGCAAGCAAGCAUGGCAACGUGCCCCGGGACUCCGCGGCCGUCGGCGCAAGACGUCCAAGACUACAUUGACAAGCGUGACAUGGUCUUUGGUCUUGGCGGCAACGCCGAGCUCUCGCCGCGCCCGUCACCUCGCAACCCGUCGCGUGGCGUCCCGACGCCAGACCGCACGUACCGGUCUCUGUUCCAGCAGCCGGCGAUUGACGUGCAGCUGGCGCACACCGAGCACGAUUGGUACGACUUUCUCUUCCAGCCCGCGAAGCUCCUCGAGCACACGCGGGCGCUGCUCGCGGACCCGACGUCGACGCCAACGGCCCAUGAUGUGCUGACGGAGCUGCUCAAGAAGGUCAAGAACCCGGCAACCGCGUACAGCAACACCAACCCGACCGAGCCAAGCGCGCGCCACAACAUGCUGCUGUGCCUCGCCGCGCUCGUCGUGCUGCAGCUCAAGUUUGACCUUGCCGACAUUGAAGCCACGGUGCCGACGCAGUUGCAGAGCCUGCUGCUCGACGGUCUCGUCGAGUAUGCGACCAACCCGCGCGUGCUGCGCCUCCACGAAGUCGAGCACAUUAGCAUCGACGAAGCGUCCGUGCUGCGUGCGCGCUGGCAGCUGCGCAUUGCCGUCAAGAAGAUGCAUAUCUCGCCGCUCACGCUCGUCGGCAAGCUGCCACUGAGCGACAACACCAAGCCACCGCCAGAUGAGGUCGAGCAGCUCAAUGGCAUCUCACUGCCGUCCAUGCAGCACGUCCUUGACGACCUCGACCGCCUCGUCGCGUCCAUGACGUCGCGGCCGCUGCUGCAACACCUUGCCUUCAACGACAUGGGCGUGUACCACUUUCACAAAAAGCAGUUUGCGCCCGCGCUGCAGUACUUUACGAAAGCGCGCGAGACGACCGAGGCGGUCGCACCGGCGCUCGCAGGGUACAUCCAAGCGUGCGAAGCCGUCUUGGGCACCAAUCUCGGCGCUACCGACCAUGCGUUCCAAGGCGCAUGGGAUCGCAAAGAGUACAGUACACUGCUCGCGUUGCUCCAAGCCGAGACGCACAAGAAGGCAGCCAACGAGCCCGUCGCGCUCUCGCCAACACUCCAAAGCUCCUUGGAAGCGCAAGUGUUGCAAGCACUGCCUCUGACCCGCGACGCCGAGCUCGAGAUGCUGCAACAAGUGUACCUCGUCCUCCUCGUCCAUCGGACGCUGCGAUCGUCGAUCCUGUCGGCUGGGAAGGCCGCCGUGUGCCAAUACCAUCGAGUGCCAGGUCUUGGAAAGCACCGCGCUUUUCUCGUCGCCCACAUCCAGAGCGUCCUCGCGGCGUGCCCCGACGCGGCCUUGAGAACCCUUCUGGACGUGGCGUCGACAGAGGCGCCAGCGCCGGAGGACGAGCGUCCGAGCACGAAGCGCCAGCGCAUUGCGUAUGCAGCGCUGGCGGCGCCGCAAGACGCUGGCAGUGCCGUGCACCAGCUGUGGGCCCGCGGCGCGUACGCAGCUUUGCGCGAUCCCCAGAACGAGCAUUCCUCGCCUGUCGUGGCGGCGGUCGCGGCUCUCAUGGAGUACACGUCGCAGCCGCCAAGUGACUUUGGCGUCAAGCGCGCCAUUGCGCUGCUCGAAGGCGUCGUGGCUGCGAUGAAAGAGGCCAAGCAGUCGGCCGCGGUGGCUGAGCUCCCGAUUCCCGCACUCGAUGCACUCAUUUCGCUCUGCGCCGGUCUCUUGCAGCGUGCGUAUGCGAUGAACCUCUGCGAGUACCGUAUUUCGUACGACCUCGUGCCUUACAGCGACCUCGCCAUCAUGCUCGCCUUUGGCCCGAACGAUGCGGGCGGCGCGAUGGACCCGGUCCAGUCGAUGAAGCUCGCGCAGAGCGACGUCGUCAAGCUUCACCAACUCGUGCUCACGACGCUUCUCUCGCGGAGUCCGCGGGAGCCGCGCUGGCAUGUGGCAAUGGCCGACGUGUGCGUCAACCCAAUCGUGCUCCAGAAGCUGUCGUCGGUCGGCGACUACAAGACGGCGCUGCGCCACUACUUGGCGGCCGCAUCGCUCGCCACCAACUUCUUCGCCUUUGGAACGGUGGACCUCAUUGACCAGAGCUCGCUCGUGCGCUUGAGCCACUGCCUCGUCAAGCUCGGCGCGCAUGUGCCCGCGGCCGUCCUCUACCAGUGUUUCCAGCAAGACGAGGUCGUGUACGGGCUGCGGAUGCUGCAGCUCUCGCCGCAGACGCACGACGCGGCGUUCUUCCAGUAUUUUUGGGAACUCCCGUUCCUCGAGAUGCUCGUGCACGUGCACGCGACGGCCAAGCAGGGCACACCGAGUCAUGUGCAGCUGCUCACGCAGCUCCUUCAGUGCCCCGAGCUCAACGCGUCCAACCCCGUGAGCAGCAGGGACGAAAUGAAGCACCGGAUUUUGCGCAGCUACUUUCGCGAACUCUGCCGCGUGUACCUCGUGCAAGACCUUUAACGUUCAUCGAUACGACACUUGCAUACAACGCGC